UAUAAUCUCGAGAUCUUCAAUCUGUUCCUCUAAUCUUUUCUCUUCUCGGUAUCUGGACGCACUCUUUUCUUAUUCUUCCAAUCUCGUUGAGGCGAGUUUGUUGGAGUAAAAGAUGCGGGAUCCAUCGCCGCGAUGACCGGAUUCCGCAAGAAAAUUUUAAGCGGUUUUUUUCAUUGCUUUCGUUGGGUUUUCUCGAGUAGGACUAGCAAUCUUUUUUCUUUUCUGUUUGGGAUUCUUAGGAGCAAUCCUUGUGUACGACGCACCAUUUUAGGUUUCUGUGGGAAUUAGAUUUUUGGAGAUUUCUUAUUCAAAGUUUGAAUCAAUCGCUGAAGGCCCUUAUUCAGUAAGAAAAUUAGAAAUAAAGGUUUUUAUAAUCUGUUAGUUCACUUGGUCUUAUUUCUUAUCUUUAUUCACUGCAGAUAUUGUUCUUUUGAUAAAAAUUGAUUUUUUGUAAUUGAUUGGGGUUUUUGGCAAAUCAACUAGCUAUUCUCUUUUAUUAAUUAGUAGAUUAUUUUUUUCUUAAUUCUUCUUUGCGCUUUCUCGUUUCGCUUUCUCGUUUCAUCGAUCUUCGAUCGUCAGAUCGCAACAAGGGGGCGGGGUUUGUCAAAUGGCUGUAACGUUCACUCAUAUUUCUUAUUGGUUAUGGGGAACAAAGGACGGCCAUGAAAGCACUAAUUCAUCUCUGAAUUUGUCCUCUGAUUUACCUUCGGGAUUCAGAGAGCUAGAUUCCGUCAAGUUUCCAUCUGUAAAAGGGACUAAGAUGAAAUCUUCCUCCAGAAGAAUUAAGAAGAAAUGGCAGAGCAGGGAGGAGAGGAGGGUGAGGAUUGAUAGGGAGUUUGAUGUGGUUAUUGUGUCCUCUGAUGGAGGCUGCCUCUCAGGUUCUGAAUCAGAUGAUUCAGAUUGGUCUAUUGGUUGGAUUGAACCUCAUGCACCGGAAUUCCAGAGCAAAGAGGGGGAGACUGAUAGCAGCUUUGCUGUUCUUGUGCCUUGCUAUGGACGUGGCCGAUGCGAGAAGAAAGACCGAAUGAAGAGUCGUGCUUUCGGUUCUGUCACUCAACACUUUGGAUUUUCAUCUGAGGGCACUGACUCCAUUGAAAGAUGGCUUUCGUCCCUUCACGACAUGUGAUGUCCUGAAUUGAUCUUAGGCUUCACUUUGUCAUGAUUCAAUUUGUACCAUUCAAAAAAAAAAAAAAAAAUUAAGAAAAGCAAAAUAAAAAUUGAAGUGCGGUGAGUCAAAGCAUUUGCUGCAAGAAACCGAACGCAUAGUCAAGUGAAGCAGAAGCUCUAUAUCCCUUGGGAAGGUAUUGUUUAUUUUGCAGGGUUACAAAUUAAUUUUGCUUGGAAUGGAUUCAAGUAUCAUUUGCUUCAUCUAAAUCUUUGUUUUUUAUUUGAUGUGAUUCUACGUGAGAAUAUUUCUUACUGAAACUUGCACAUAACCUAUAUGAUAAUAUAGAUAAUUCUUGUGUAGUUAUCAUUGUACGUAUGGAAGAAUCAUCUGUCCAAAUUUUGUUGUAAAAUUCUAUGUUUGGAAGGCUAGAGUAAAAGAAUUUCUAUUCUUGUUGAA